CACGUGAACCAAUGUUAACGCUCGAUCGUUUCGACGUCCAACCAACAAGACUACGAAAUUAAAACUCUCCUCGAGGUCAUCCCUCUCGAAAAGUCUCGCAAAUCCAUUCGUAAAUCCAACUGUCACCGAUCGCGCUACAUUACCGUGAAAAGAAGUCUGGGAUAAUGCUGAGCGAAGCGGUCGCGAUAAAUUCUUCAGAAAAAACAGAAGAACGUCCGUCAUCAAAUACUUCAAAAAAAUCCGCGCUGAAUACGGGAAAUAAAAUUAAAAGUAAAAUUCCAACCCAUUUCGGGCGAAAUGGCAUGCAAGGCGACUCGGCGAGUCAUCCAAUGUACGAGGAGACUUCCAGCGGGAUUAGCUCCAACAACAAUUCCGCUCGUCGACCGAGCGUAAAGGCCCCGAGUAUGUUGCCGUCGAGAAAGCCGACGAACGCGGUCUCAAUGGAGAAACGCCACUUGGAAGUACAAUUCAGUUCGAAAAGGGCGCGAUACACGAAUCUGAAAAAGACGCUCGUCGAUAAGCAAAAAAUGGCGCAAGAUCUGCAUGACGAGAUGUCGAGUCUGCGGGAGAGGAUAAUCGCGGCUGGCGGCAAGGACCCUGGCACGAUCGAGGAGCUGAGAUCGCCACAAGUGGAGUGUCCCAGGCAAAGCCCGCCGACGCCGGUCGAGACGAGCUCGCGGCACGACUGCGUCGGGCAGCAGGAGCCAAUCUGCAUGGACGAGUCGGUGGUAAUCGGUGUGUCGCUGCUGCAGGAUCAGCUGCGGGAUCUCUGCGACCGCUCCCAAGAGAUCUGCCAGCACGCCCUGGACAAGAGCUCGUCGUUCGCGUCCCUCGUCAAGUUCUGGCUGACAGAAUCGAGCCGGCAGGACGAGAUGGGCAACAUGUUGAUCGCGGCGGAUUAUUCGGAGGUGGAGGCGCGGCAGGCGAAUUUCGCGCGGGACAAUGAGGAGAUGAGAACGCAGCUGGACGAUUUGAGAGUGGCCCAAAAGGACUUCGUCGCCGAAUUCGCGAUGAGAUCCUCGAGUCUGCGUAGGGAGUACGACAAUUAUCGCGGGCACGUGAAGGAGGAGCGGCCGAAUGUCGAUCGCGGGGACCUGCUGCGGGAGCAGCUGAGUGUCGCUCUGGAGGAGCUCAAGGCGGAGCGUGACAAGGCGAAUCAUGGGAGGGACAGGACGAGAAUGAUGGAGCUGCAGUUGCAAAAGACGCGGGCGAAGAUUCGCGAGCUGGAGGGGCACGUGGCUAACGAGGAGGAGAAGGCGCAACAGCUGCAGAACAACGUCAAGUCGUUGGAGGCUCAGUUGAGGCAGAAGGAUCAGGCAAUGGAGCUCAGGAUGAAAGAUAUGCACAAGGCGAUGAAGAGCAGCGAGGGCCUCGUGGCGAAGAUGGAGAAGCAGCGCGACAGCUUCGAGUCACGGAUGCUGGAGCUCAAGGAAAGGAUGGCUCGCAAGGAAGCGGAAGCGAAUGCUACUAUUAAGGAGUUAUCGACAAAAUUCGAAACGUUCGACACAGAGAUCAUCGAAGAGAGAGAAAAGAGACAACAAGCUGAAAGCGCUCGAGCUGAAAUGGAAGAACGUUGUAAACGCCUCGAAGAGAAGAGCCAGCUGCUCUGCGAUCUCGCGAGUGAGAAAAACAACAAUAUAGUUGUUACAGAUAAUAGCCACACGGAGAACGAGGUUUGUCUGUAUAAUGAUUUGAUGGCGGCCCGGGCCGAGCUGGAGAGACAAAGAGAGAAGACCGGGCAGCUUGAGAGAGAAAAGCAAGAGAUUGUCGCCGUGAUGCAUCAGGCGGCCAGUCACGAUAACGAGGACCAGACGAAGGAUAGGCUGGCCGCCGAACUCGUAACCAAGACUAAUGACCUUCAAAAUCUGAUGCUAGAGCACGCUCGGCUUCAGAAGAUUGCCAGAUUCACACAAGAGAGAAAUGAGGUGCUGGAGAAUCAGUUAUCCGAGAUUCAGCACCGUCUCCAGGCGAGAUCGAAAGAAACUGGCAAGACCCAAGGGCUUGAUGCGAUGGAGCUUCAGCAGCAGAUUAGCGACUUGCGGAAUAGCUUGGCCGAGGCCAUUCAGCAGAACCAGGAGUUAGAGACUACCCUGACACAGAAGCAGCUGGAAUUGGAGCAGCGCGAUCGGGUGAUGCGCGAGCAGAGCAAAUUCCUCAAAGUCCGGGACGAGCUGCUAAGCAUCCUUAAAGGAAAGGCGAACGCGGGAAAUCCUAACGAAAAUUACGAGGAUAUCGAUGAAAUCAACAAGCAGAUCGCGGCGAAGACAGAAGCGAUUCAGGAAUUGUAUGCUACACUGGAGGGCAAACAGAUGCAGGUGAUGCGACUGGAGAAGCUGGUGAAGCUGCUGGAAGAUCAGCAGGACCGCGCACAAGCGCAACGCACGCGACUCGAGCAUCGCAUCGCGCAGCUGGAAGUGAGCUUGCGGGAGAAGAGCAGAAAUGACGGUAACCGGAGUAGAACCUUCGGCAUCCUGUAAGAAACUCUGUAAUCGUCGGCCUGUAAGUAUCAACCUACGACUUCUUUGGAUUUAACACAAAAUUGUGUAUAUGUCUGAUAUCUAAUUCGCGUACCUAAAAUGUCUAAAUCUAAAAUUUCAUGUGAUACAUAUAUCGUAUACUUUAAAACGAAUAACGUGUUUAUACAAAUUACUUUUUGUAGACCCCAUUUAUUUUGUACAAUAUUUUACUCUAUUGGAUAAAAAUAUAUACAUGAAAAAUA